AUGGCAUCUUCCACUGCUCUCCCCGUCCAGAGGGGCGCUGUCCAGCGCUCUGUCACAGCACAAUCGGUCGCCAGCUCGUCUGCUCCCUCGCAGGUCGUCAGUCCCGCCGACUCUCCUCGCAAUUCUCCCUCGACCAGCUCGUUGUCUUCGAUGGGCUCCGUCGAUGGUGAGGAGCUCAAGAAUCAGUGCGGAUCCUUGAUCGACACAUACGGCAACGAGUUCAAGAUCCCCGACUACACCAUCAAGCAGAUCCGCGAGGCCAUCCCUGCCCACUGCUUCGAGCGCUCUGCUGCCACUGGUUUCUACUACAUCGCCCGUGACAUUGUCUGCAUCGCUACCACCUUCCUCCUCGCCCACAACUUUGUCACUCCCGAGUACAUUCCCUCAACUCCCGUUAGAGCUGGUCUCUGGGCCCUCUACACCGUCCUUCAGGGCUUGUUCGGUACCGGUCUUUGGGUCAUUGCCCACGAGUGUGGUCACCAGGCUUUCUCUCCCUCCAAAACUCUUAACGACACCGUCGGCUGGGUCCUGCACUCUGCUCUCCUCGUCCCUUACUUCUCUUGGAAAAUCUCCCACGGCAAGCACCACAAGGCCACUGGCAACAUGGAGCGCGACAUGGUUUUCCUUCCCAAGACCCGUGAGGUUUACGCCGGCAGAGUCGGCCACGCCAUCCACGAGCUCUCCGAGUUGAUGGAGGAGACCCCCAUCGCUACUGCUACCCACAUGAUCCUCCAGCAGCUCUUCGGCUGGCCCUUGUACAUCAUCACCAACGUCACCGGCCACACCAACCACCACAAGCAGACGGAGGGCAAGGGUGAGGGCAAGCGCAACGGCUUCUUCGGUGGUGUUAACCACUUCAACCCCUCCAGCCCUCUUUACGAGCGCAAGGAUGAGAAGCUGAUCCUCCUGUCUGAUGUCGGUCUCGCCUUGACCUGCACUGCCCUUUACUUCAUCUACCAGAACUUCGGUUUCCAGAACCUCCUUGUCUGGUACCUUCUUCCUUACCUUUGGGUCAACCACUGGCUCGUUGCCAUCACUUUCCUCCAGCAUACCGACCCCUCGCUUCCCCACUACGAUGCCAACACCUGGACUUUCACUCGUGGAGCCGCCGCCACCAUCGACCGCGAGUUCGGCUUCAUCGGUCGCAACCUUCUCCACGGCAUCAUCGAGACCCACGUCCUCCACCACUACAUCUCGACCAUCCCCUUCUACCACGCUGAUGAGGCCACCGAGGCCAUCAAGCCCAUCAUGGGCCAGCACUACCGCAGCGAUGUCAAGGACGGUCCCAUCGGAUUCAUGAAGGCCAUUUACAACAGCGCCAGAUGGUGCCAGUGGGUCGAGCCUUCCGAGGGUGCUCAGGGUGAAGGCAAGGGUGUUCUCUUCUUCAGAAACCGCAACGGUCUCGGUGUUCCCCCUACCAAGCUCUCUGCACCUGGUGCUGCCAAGUCUGGCAUGACCCUCGGUGGUGACAGCGAUGCCGAGUAG